AUGACUCACGAGAAAGAGGAUGUCCGAUCGACAGAUGAAGAGAUUGGGAGCAAUUCUCUCCCUUCAACACAAAACCAUCCAGUGAAAUGGUAUCGCUCGACGUUCUACAAUGCUCUUAUCUUGGGAUUGUGUAAUUUCCUCGCUCCUGGAAUCUGGGGAGCCAUGAACUCGGUCGGCGGAGGAGGGUUGGAAAAGCCGUAUCUCGUCAACGCAGCGAAUGCACUGACAUUCUGCCUCAUGGUGCUUUCAUGUUUCUUUGGCAGUGUAGUUGUCCGCUACAUCGGGAUCAAAUGGACACUCAUUGUCGGCACGAUGGGCUACGCCCCCUAUGCUGCGGGUCUCUACACCAACAAUCGAUUCGGCACUGAAUGGUUCGUUCUCUUUGGUGCCGCGCUUUGUGGCCUCUCUGCCGGUAUUUUCUGGAUGGCUGAGGCUGCCAUUGCGAUCUCCUAUCCUGAACCACACAAUCAAGGACGCUUCCUCGGCUUCUGGUUGAGUUUUCGCGUUGGUGGUCAGAUUUUGGGUGGUGCGAUUAAUUUGGGCAUCAACUCCAAGCGUGACACGGCAGGUAGUGUCUCAUACGCUGUGCUCAUCGUGUUCAUCGUCCUACAGGCGCUUGGUCCGUUUGCAGGACUGCUGCUGAACACACCCUCUCAAGUGCAGCGCACAGAUGGAGUUCCUGUGAAACUUCGCAUAGCACAUAGUCCACUUCACGAGAUCAAAGAGACGGCAAAGCUCUUCUUCACUCGGAACUUCCUCCUUAUCGUCCCACUCAUUAGUCAAGCAGUCUUUACGGAGGCUGUAAUGUUCACCUAUCUGUCGCUGUGGUUCUCGGUGCGGGCGCGUGCGUUAGGGUCUUUCCUGGGAGGUAUUAUAGCCCUGAUUCUCGGCAACCUGCUGGGCGCAUUUUUGGACACCAAGCGCAUUUCACUCAAAACUCGAACCCGGAGUGCCUUUGCAACUAUUCUCACAUUGCAAGGGGCAUGGUGGGUUUGGGGUACUAUCAUCGUGACAGAAUUUAAGAAAACCCAGCCGUCGUACGAUUGGGCAGAUGCGGGUUUUGGCCGCGGGUUCGCACUGUACUUGUUCUGGGUUGCGGGAUUCCAGUUAAACUAUAUGUUCUUAUAUUUCCUUAUUGGCAAUCUUGCCGAAGACGAAGAGGAGGUUAUUCGUAUCUCUGGCUUACUUCGGGGUACGGAGUCAGCAGCUCAGGCUGUUUCGUAUGGUCUGAACGCUGUCACGAUAAUGGCUUCGGUAGGAAGUGUUUAUCUCAACUUCGGGCUGUGGGCUAUUUCGCUGCUACCCGCGUGGCUGGUUGUCAAAAACGUCGGGGUGACACUGGGGGAUAAAAAGAUUCAGAGAGAAACUAGAGUAGACUAG